AUGCCUCCAAAACACCUUACAGACGAAGAACGCCGUCACAAUAGAUCGAUUGUUAAUUAUAAUAACUAUAACAAGAAUCAGUAUAAGAUCAUAAAAAGUCAUCUGAAGAUUUCUGAAAUUCAGUCUCUACAAGAACGAGAUAGGCAGCAUGAGGAAUGUGUGAAAUCGCUUGAAGAAUGUGUGAAAGUGCUUGAGACCUAUAUUCAAGAGCUCAAAUUAAUACCCUCUCCACCGACUAAAAUCAACUCAGAGUUGAUAUGGUCUAGUUACCA